UCACUACUACCCACUGAAGUUGUGGAGACAUGACGUGGGUGAGCCGCGGUUUCAGCACGUCGGGUGGGUGGGUGACAGAGGGUCGAGUCUGGUGGUGGUGAGUGAGGGAGAUGUUUACUUCUUGCCCUCCCCCACCUCCACCCCAAUCACCCUCACCCAGGACGCUACACCCAACCUACGCUACAACGGUGUUCCUGAUCUACUAUAUGAAGAGAUCCUGGGUCAAGCCCACGCCGUCUGGCCCAGCCCUACGGGAGACUUCAUCGCUGUUGCGUCCUUCAACGAAUCCGGUGUGAGAGAGCUGCCUGUGCUCGAGUACUCGCAUAAUGUGUACCCCACAGUGCACACCCUCAGAUACCCUACAGUGGACACUGCCAUCCCUGAGGUGUGUGUAUGGUUGUAUGACUUGACUACCAUGAUGGUGCCACCUCCCAGGACUCUACUGGUACCACCAGAGCCCAUCAACCA